AUGACUGAAUGAAUUAUUUUGUUAGACAGUACAUAAUAAAUUUCAUCAUUUUAUAUUAUAUAUAAUUUAAUUGUUAUUGUACCUUCAAUUUGUGUUUGUAUCGCUGACAUUGACGUGGAAGGAUGAACUUCAUUCAGCAAAACAGUGAUUUCAAACUUUAACAAAAUUUUAUUUAAUCGUAUUUACAUUUGUGUCUUCUGAUUGUAAACCUUAGCAUCUGUAAUUGAAUAUGGUAAGCGAAGAAGGCUCUAAGCGUGGUAGAAGCAGUAGGGGAAGGGGCCGUGGUAGAGGUCGUGCGCGAGGUCGUGGCAGAGGCAGGGGACGCAAAGCUUCAAAAGUAAUUUCAUCAGAUGAAGAAUCAAUAGAAGAACAAUCUCCUUCAGAGCAAAUCACACAAGAUGCUCCUACAGUUGUUAGUGAAUCUGAUCCUCAGGAACAGCAAGAAGUCGAAAACAAUGAAAACGUGGCGCCCAAAAUUGAUUUAGAAGCAGAUAUUUCACAACUUGAAGCUCCUACUUUUACCACGAUUCAAAGAGGUCCUCCAGAACCAAUGUUACGGUUGCAAUGGGAUCACAAAGUAAGUCUUCAAGGUGAAAAAGUAUUGAAUCCUAUGAUUCAUACAUGUGAUCAGUGCAAUAAACCAAUUUUAAUCUACGGUCGUAUGAUACCAUGUAAACAUAUAUUUUGCCUGAAAUGUGCUAAGGCAGAACCAAAGACUUGUCCUAGGUGCCAUGAUAAAGUUUGUCGAGUUGAGCAAACUGGCUUAGGAACAGUCUUCAUGUGUACAUAUGGUGGAACGAGGUAUGGAAAUACUGGUUGCAGAAGAACAUACCUUUCACAGCGUGAUUUACAGGCACACAUCAAUCACAGGCAUAUUAAUUCAUCAGUGUCUGUUACCCAUUCUGCACAAGAAACUACUAAUAUUCAUAUUAAGCUGCCUGCUCCUAUAGAAGCAAAGCCUCCGCAGAUUUUAAGGAAGUCUGACACUAGGGUGCAUCCAUCAAAUAUUAACCCAGCUUCGCAAACAGAGAACCGUCAAAGAAAUUCUUAUCCCAUGAUAUCAUCAACACCAAUGCGCACAAAUCUUAUAACAGUACCAAUACAAGAUACUAACGCACCAACCAAUGUGAAUACAACUAAUUUGAAUGAGACACAAGGGACUAAUUAUUCUGUACAGCAUUUUAAUCCAGUAUCCAAUUACAGUAAUACAUAUAAUAAUUUACCACCACCCAACAUUGCCCCAAUUGCUUCUAUGCAAAAUAUACCACCAAUUAUUAAUACUUUACCCCAUAUUCCACCAAUGCAUAGUAUGUCAGUUCCUCCUCCUCAUAUUAGUACACAACCACCUUAUUAUGGCACAUAUAAUCAAUAUAGUCAACCACCAAAUGCCAAUCAGCAAUAUACACAACCACCACCGCCAACAAAUCAGACACGAUCUUAUGAUCAAACUUAUAUUGCACCAAAUGCCAAUCAGCAAUAUACACAACCACCACCGCCAACAAAUCAGACACGAUCUUAUGAUCAAACUUAUAUUGCACCAUGAGCAAGUCAUAAUUGGAGUCAAAACCAGUACUACAGAUAAUAUUAACUUAUUAAAAUCAUAUGUAAAGUUAAAACUAAUUUUCCAAUAAGACAGACAUUGUAUUAUUGUUUCAUUACAUUUAUACUUGGAAUUGUCAAAAUAUUUUUUAGUACAAUAAUGGUUGCAAAAUUGUAUUAUCUGU